AUGGUGAGAGUGCAUAACAUAUUUCCAAGUUCAUGUUUGAGGAUAAGUAAAGCUCGGUUUCGAGUGCGUUCACCGCCAUUGCAAUCUAACCCGGCUUAUAAUUCGAUCAAAGCAAGCUGUAAGAAUGAUCAGUACUAUGAGCAUGAGUCGAGCUUCAGCAGUGACGCGCCUAGAAGCAGCGUAGAUAGCUCGGAAAAGGGGGAGUGUAAGGAAGGUAACAGGAUUAUAGUUGUUGUGGAUGAAUGCCAACAUGCUAAGGGUGCUCUUCAAUGGGCAUUAUCUCAUACUGUACAGAAUGAGGACACUGUUAUUCUACUUCAUAUUGCCAAGCCCUUGAAAUGUGGUUUGGAUUCGGGAAGUGAGAUUGAUCCAAAAACUUAUGGACUUCUUUACUCUAUGAAAAGUGUCUGCCAAAACAAAAGACCUGGGCUUAAAGUUAGACUUGAUCUGGUAAAUUUCUCCGAGCAGGUAGAAGUGGAAGUGGUAGCUCUAGCAGGUAAAGAGAAGGGUCGGAUAAUAGUGGAGCAAGCGAAGGAACACAAGGCAUCGUUAUUGGUACUAGGCCACAGAAAACGAUCCAAGGCAUGGAGACUAUGGAUUAGAUGGACAGGAAGAAAUAGGAGCAGUCACGGUGUUGUAGACUACUGCAUCCAGAAUUCAGAUUGUAUGACAGUUGCGGUAAGGAGGAAAGGCAGAAAACAAGGCGGCUAUCUGAUCACCACUAAACGCCACAAGAAUUUUUGGCUCUUGGCCUAG